GACUGUAAAAUAUUGAAAAAAUUAACUAUUUUUUAUUUUUUUAACAGACAAAUACUGACAAAUAGAGUAUAUAAUAUAAUAUAGACCACGAAUAUCUUAAUAUUCUUAAUUCGUGGGAUAAACAACCGAUAAAACGACUGGAAACAAGAUAAGGAUAUCACUAUAUCAAUAUUGCUUAAAAAAAUAAACACUGCUAACUUUCUUGCAAAUCAAUUAUAACGAUUACAUGAUAACAAUCUCGUAUUCUCGUAUAAAUUAAAUCGUGGUGAUUGGUCUUCCGACUUAUUCGUCAAUUACAUUAAAAUAUGAAACAAAAAGCAAUAAUAUAAUAGUCUUAAAGAAAAACGACCUAAAGGCUGAAAUCUUAUAUUCAUAAUAAGUUUCCUAAACUUUAGCUGAAAUUAUGGUUUUCGAGAUAAUUAAUUACUUUACUCAUACAAAUGCGAAUUUGUAAUUUAUGUAGAAGUGGUUUUAGACAUGAUUGACAUUCAUAUAAACAAAUUAAAACUAAAAAAAAUGAUUAUCCGAAAUAAAACUCUAAUUAAAUUAUUUUUUCUCUUGAUUUUUUGUACAAUUAUUCUGUACGUGAGCAAGUAUAAUUUUAAUAAUAGAUAUGAAUUUGUGAGAGGUAAAGACCUUUUAGAACAAGCAAUCCAAGCAGCUAAAUUGGGUGGAAUUCAAGUUGAAGCGAUCCAUAACGAACAUUUGAUUAAUUCCCAAUCAAAAGGAAGAACUGUCGAAGGUGCAAAUGAUCCAGUCACUAACGCUGAUUAUACUUCUCAUUGUGCUAUGUAUUAUCAGUUGAAAAAAAAUAUACCAAACGUUAAAGUGAUAUCAGAGGAAGAAUUAUCCGAAAAAGAAUGCAAAAAGUUAAAUAUAAGAAAAUUAAAAGAUUACGAUAAUGAACAUAUUACAAAUAUUGAAGAAGAAUUUGAGAGGAAAUAUAUAACCAUAUGGAUAGAUCCAUUAGAUGCAACACAAGAAUUCACUGAAAGCUUGACACAAUAUGUAACAACUAUGGUCUGUGUUGCUUAUAAAGGUAAACCUAUUAUGGGUGUUAUACAUGAACCGUUUUCGUCUAAAACAACAUGGGCUUGGUUAUCAAGAUCAAGAUCAAAUAAUUUCAACAAUAUUAAAGUUCCUAAGAAAAGAUCAAUUAUUAUUUCAAGAUCACACAAAGGUGAUGUAAUGGGUCUAUUAAAUCAACGAUUAUAUGGUUUACCAGUUGUAACAGCCGGAGGUGCAGGAUUCAAAGUAUUACAGGUUUUGUUUGGAAAUUCGUCAGCUUAUAUACAUACAACUAACAUAAAAAAAUGGGAUAUAUGUGCUGGACAUGCUAUACUCAAAAGUAUAGGAGGUGAUAUGACAUCGUUGGAAAAUGAAGAUAUAACAUAUGAAAAGUAUACAAGUAUGAUGCAUGUUGGAGGAAUAUUAGCUACUGCACGUGAUCAUUUGUACUAUAUAAAUGCUCUAAAAAAUGGAAGAAGUGAUUAAAAUAUUAAAUAAUAGGUUUGUACAUUUAUUUCCUUUGAAUGUUAAACUUAAAGACAAUAAAGUUACAACUUUCAUUCAUUGAAAUAUAUCAUAUAAUUUAGAUUACUUUUAAUUUGUGUUUAAAAGUACAUUUUUGUAAUUUAAAUAUAAGUAUGAUUUUUUUUCAUUUAGAUUAACUGAUGUUAUGUUAUCUUAUGCAAUCAUUCAAAAAACCAUUUCAACAUUAAUUGUUAUUUAUGAUUUAAAAAUGUUCUGCAUAAGCCGAGAUAUUUUCUAAUUAAUAAAUUAAACAAUCAUAUUGAUAGAA